AUGACUUUAGAAAAACAGGACAACUACCGAUCAUCUCUGACCUUGGGUCAAGAUUCAGAGCGCACACCCGUGGAUAUGCCAUCAACACCUCAGAGCCAUGACCUGCCAAAAGAGGCGCCAAAGGGGCCUCCCAUGAUGGGCCCUCCUCCACCUAAUGGGGGACUUGUUGCUUGGCUACACGUCGCCGGUGGCUUCAUGCUUUUCUUUAACACAUGGGGCAUCUUGAACGCAUUUGGUGUUUUCCAAACCUACUACGAAUCAGGCGCACUCUUCACUCGCUCAUCAUCUGAUAUUUCCUGGAUUGGCGCCAUUCAAGCCACGAUGCUCCUGAUGGUCGGAUUCAUCACUGGACCAAUUUACGAUCGCGGAAACCUGCGUUUACUUCUGAUCAUCGGCAGCUUUGGCAUCGUUUUUGGGCACAUGAUGCUGAGUCUCUGCAAAACAUACGGCGAAGUACUAUUAGCCCAAGGCUUCUGCGUCGGUAUUGGUGCUGGUUGCCUCUUCGUGCCAUGUGUCUCCGUUCUACCGACAUAUUUCAGCUCGCGGUUGGGUAUGGCGCUUGGACUUGCCGUCUCGGGCUCCUCCCUUGGGGGAAUCAUCUACCCGAUCGUGCUGAACCAACUCCUCGAGCCACUUGGUUUCGGCUGGGCUGUUCGAGUCAUUGGAUUCAUCGCCUUGGGCACGCUUCUGGUUCCGAUCGCGGUUAUGCGCCAGCGCGUCAAGCCACCGCGCGCCCGUAGCCUGGUUGACUGGUCCGCGUUCACGGAUUUACCGUACAUGACCUUCGUUCUCACAUCGCUGAUCGCAUUCAUGGGCCUUUUCGUGCUGCUCUUCUAUAUCUCUUACUUUGGUGGGGCGACCGGUAUCACCAACACAAACAUGAGCUUCUACAUCCUGCCUAUUCUCAACGCAGGUUCAUUUUUCGGUCGGACUUUGCCCAAUGCGUUGGCAGACAAGACGGGCCCCUUCAAUCUCAUCGCCCCGUGCUGCAUCCUGGUUGGUGUGCUUAUUCUGUGCAUGCUGGCUGUGACGACCCAAGCCGGACUCAUCGUCAUCGCUGUCUUGUCGGGUAUUUUCAGCGGUGCACUGAUUGGUCUGCCUCCUCUUUGCUUCGUUGCGCUUACGAAAGAUAAGUCCAAGAUUGGAACUCGCAUUGGUAUGGGAUUUGGCAUGAUCGGCCUUGGUGUUCUGGCCGGUGGACCUGCUGGAGGUGCGAUCUUGGCUCAUUCUGGAAACACGAAUUGGAAUGGGGUGUGGAUAUUUGGAGGAGUCAGUGCCCUUGUCGCUGGAUUCAUGUAUGCUGGAGUGCGAGUGGCAUUGUAUGGAUUCAGAGUCGGGGUGAAGGCUUAA